CGAAGCAAGCUAAUAUGGCUAAUGUAUAUACAAUUCAAAAUAUUAAAGGUCCUCGCCUUAGUAGUAUAUGCGAAGAAGAGCUAGAAAAAAAAAUACACGAUGCUAUCAAAUCCAAAGCUGAAAUUAACAAGCUUAGUGAAAAAUUACAGGAUAAAUACAUAAAACAAAUAAAGGCUUUUGAUCGGGAAAGAAAGAGGUGGAAUCAAGAUUCAUUACGAAAUAAUACUGAGAUUCAAAAAUUAUGCACCCACACUUUGCAGGUCAUUAAUAAAUAUAAGCAACUACAAAAUGAAAAUACUAAUCUUAUUUCUCAUAACGCACAAAAGGAUGUUUUUAUUGCUGAAUCCAAAGCUGAGAAUGUUACAAAAUCUAAGAAAAUCAAAUCACUCGAGUCUAUGAUCAAGAUAUUGGAAGGUAAGUUAUCUUCAGCCCAGAAAGAUGUGAUUUCGAUUCAAAGCGACUCAUCGAAAAAAAAAACUAAGAUCACGUCUCUCAAAUCCAAAAUUGCUGAAGUAGAACAUAAGUUAGCUUCAAAACGGGAACAAAGUUUCAUAAUCAAGUCUGAUGAUAUAUUUACAGUAUUGCAAAACAGACCAUUAGGUGAUGAAUCAGAGAUUCAAGAAGGCUAUACCUCGCUAAGAAAAAAUCUCAGUCAAUAUUUUCUACGCAAAAAAAAUGAUACCAAGAUUAUUCCCAAGAUAAGUGUUUCACAAAGUGAAAAUGCUAGCACAUCUGAAAUCGAUAUUAGUAAAACUAACAACAAUAUACUUGUACAGCCAGAAAAUCUCAAUUCCUCUUCAAUUGAAUUGAAUUCUCAGAUUUCGAUAGGAGGAGUAGAAGCGGUUCCUGUUAUGAAAUAUAAUUAUCCUCUGGACUAA